AUGUCUGACGAAUAUCUGAUGCCUCCAGUUUGUAUCCUUCCUCUUAACCAUUCUGCUCUUCUCUCUAGUUUGAUGUCGGGGCUGGCAGCUCUGGAUGCCAAGUGUUCCAGCCGCCUGGGCAUCAUGACCGUCUCCUACUACCUGUGGACCACCUUCGUGGCGGUGGUGGUGGGCAUCCUCAUGGUUACCAUCAUCCACCCCGGGGGCGCCGCCCAGAAGGAGGACAACGAGGACAGCGGCAAGCCAAUCAUGAGCUCCGCUGAUGCCCUGCUCGAUCUGAUUCGCAACAUGUUCCCGGCCAACUUGGUCCAGGCAACUUUCCAACAGUACCGUACCAGGAGUAUCCCCAUCAUUAAGACCCCUCCGCCUACGGUGACAGCUGCCCUGAUGGAGAGCACCACCCGGAGGGUCUAUAUCUACGGCGUCCAGGACGACAACGGAACAGACAUCCAGAACUUCUCCCUGGACCUGACGCCACCGCCCGACAUACAGAUGCGCACGCUGCCCGGGACCAGCGACGGCAUGAAUGUCCUGGGGAUCGUCAUCUUCUCCGCCACCAUGGGUAUCAUGCUGGGUAGAAUGGGGCCUAACGGCAGCGCCCUGGUCAACUUCUGUCAGAGUUUAAACGAGGCUGUCCUGAAGAUUGUCGCCAUAGUGAUCUGGUACUUCCCGUUCGGCAUUGUGUUCCUGGUGGCCGGUAAGAUCCUGGAGAUGGACGACCCGUCAGCCAUGGGGAAGAAGCUGGGUUUCUAUGCUAUCACCGUGGUGAUGGGGCUGAUCCUCCAUGGUCUCUUCAUCCUCCCUGCCAUGUACUUCUUCAUCACCAAGAAGAGCCCCAUCGUCUACAUCAGGGGCAUCCUGCAGGCCCUGCUCAUCUCCCUGGCAACUUCCUCCAGCUCUGCCACGCUGCCUAUCACCUUCAAGUGCCUCCUGGAGAACAACCACAUCGACCGACGCAUCAUCCGCUUCGUGCUCCCCGUGGGCGCCACAAUCAACAUGGAUGGGACAGCGCUCUACGAGGCCGUGGCAGCCAUCUUCAUCGCCCAGGUUAACAACUACGAGCUAGACUUCGGCCAGAUCAUAACUAUCAGUAUCACAGCUACGGCUGCCAGUAUUGGUGCAGCUGGAAUCCCGCAGGCCGGAUUGGUCACCAUGGUGAUCGUGUUAACCUCGGUGGGCCUGCCCACUGAUGACAUCACUCUUAUCAUCGCUGUGGAUUGGGCGUUGGACCGUUUCAGGACCAUGGUCAACGUGAUGGGAGAUGCCCUGGCCACGGGGAUCAUGGCUCACAUCUGUAGAAAAGACUUUGUCAAGGAAGGAGAGCAGGUGCCUCUGAUCUGCGAGACCAAGCCCAUGAUCAGCAUCCAGCAGAUGAUGACGUACCAGAAGAACGGUGGGUACCAGCCUCCCUGCGGCCCGGGGGUCCCCGGGAGCCCAGACGUGGCUCGUCUGAUGCAGCUGGAGGAGGGGGUUCGGCCGGAGCAGAGGAAGAGGAACCCCCACGCGCCCCAACCCAAGAGGGACUACAAGGACAAGGACCACUGCUCCAUCGACAUGAACGGCCUGGAGACUAACGUAUAGAGGGAGCCAGCCAACAGCACCACAGCUACCGGCUGCGUCCCGAUUCUCCACACUUCUCCUGAAAUGCACACUCUCCGUCACGGAUCUAACAACUCCCUCAAGCCAAUGGUGACACCAAUCCAAUGCUUUUAACACCAUGACAAGGAGUGGGAAAAGUGCAUACUUUGGAAAAAGGGUAGACAAUCAGAAUGCAGCCAGGAUUAUAGCUACAGGCGAGAGAGAGGGCGAGAGGAAGGGACUGACUGACUAACUGCACCAGAUGCAGGAUGCAGGACAGAGGAUCCAAAAAGAACGAUGAUUUUCUACAUUAUUUAUAUUACAACCCACUAUGAUUGUGCAUGUGUGUGUAUAUAUUUAUCAGAGUUGUUAUACACCAGCAGAGGGAUGUGCUGGGAGACAUUUCAUAUGACGAGCAGGCAUUUUAUAUGAUGAGAAGAGAAUCUAUACGUUGAGGACACAUUCUAUAUGACAAGAAAACAUUAUAUUUGAUGAGGAGACAUUCUAAAUGAUGAGGAGGCAUUUUAUAUGAUAAGGAGACAUUAUACAUGACAAGGAGAUAUUAUAUAUGAUGAGGAGACAUUCCAUGUGACAAUGAGACAUUCUAUAUGACAAGGAGAUAUUCUACACGAAGAGCAGACAUUCUAUAUGAUGAUGAGCCAUUCUAUAUGACAAGGAGAUAUUCUAUAUGAAGAGGAGUCAUUUUAUAUGAUGAGGAGACAUUCUAUACGUAGAGGACAUAUUCUAUAUGACAAGCAGACAUUCUAUAUGACAAGAAGACAUUCUAUAUGAUGAUGAGCCAUUCUAUAUGAAGAGCAUACAUUCUAUACAAUGAGGAGACAUUCUAUAUGACAAGGAGACAUUCUAUAUGAUGAUGAGCCAUUCUAUAUGAAGAGCAUACAUUCUAUACAAUGAGGAGACAUUCUAUAUGACAAGAAGACAUUCUAUAUGAUGAUGAGCCAUUCUAUAUGAAGAGCAGACAUUCUAAACGAUGAGGAGACAUUCUAUAUGACAAGGAGUCAUUCUAUAUGAUGACGAGAUAUUUUAUAUGAUGAGGAGACAUUCUAUACGUUGAGGACACAUUCAAUGGGUGUGUUCGUAAAUUCAAUCUGGAGUGCGCUCUGAGAGUUCAUAAAUUCAGAGCUUUGUCAGAUUGUCC